AUGACUGGUCAUGUGAUCGGUCUCAACCUUCAUUUUGGUGGGCUUCAAGGUAAUAUCCAUUCCAAUAGCAGCUUAUUCUCUCUUGGCCAUCUCAAGAGGCUAGACCUCUCUAGAAAUGAUUUCAGAGGUUCCCCAAUUUCGUCCAAAUUUGGUGGCUUUGUAAAUAUGACUCACCUUGACCUCUAUUACUCCAAUUUCAGUGGCCCAAUCCCUUCCGAAAUUUCCCACCUUUCCAACUUGGUUUCACUCAAUCUCUCCCUACGUGAUGUAAGACUAGAUACUCUUAGCUUUAACAGAAUUGUUCAAAACCUAACCAAUCUUAAGGAGCUUCAACUGAUCGGUGUUGACAUGUCUUCAGUUGUACCUGAUUCCUUCAAGAAUCUCUCUUCUUCUCUGACAACUCUUAGACUCUCUAAUUGCCACUUGCAAGGAAAAUUCCCAGAAAACAUUUUCCGCCUACCAAACCUUCGAGUACUAAGCUUAGGCUUCAACAAUAACCUCACAGGUUCUCUCCCCAAUUCUAACUGGAGCAGUCCACUCGAAACCUUGACGCUCUCUGAAACUAGAAUUUCAGUAGAUUGGCAUCGUUUGACAAGAAAUUUCAAGUUUUUGAGAGCUUUGUAUCUCAGCAAUUGCAAUUUUGUAGGAUCACAUCUUGCAUUUGUUGGUAACCUCACACAAAUCAUGCGGUUGGACCUCUCGUCUAACAGUUUUGGUGGCCAAAUCCCAUGGUCAUUCUUUUUAAACAUUGAGAGCCUCGUUUACUUGAAUCUUGUUGGCAACAAUUAUGUCGGUCAGUUUCCAGAAGUUGAUAGCAACUCGACAUUGAUCUCUUCUUUAUAUGAUUUUUCAAAACAACAACUGGUGGGUCCUAUUCCUCGACACUUAACUGAGCUCAUUUUAUAUGAUAACCAACUCAACGGAACAAUACCAUCUUGGUUAGGUAGUUUGCCAUCAUUGGAGCAGUUAUCCCUUGUAAGUAACCAACUCAGCGGUAAUAUCAUUGAGUUCCAAUCUCGUUCUUUGUCAUCGCUUCUUUUAAGCGAUAACAACCUGCAUGGCCUGAUUCCGAGAUCAAUCUUUGAACUUGAGAACCUUACAGACCUUGAUCUAUCAUCCAAUAACUUGAGUGGCACUGUGGAGUUUGAAAAAAUUGUUCAAAACCUAACCAAUCUUAAGGAGCUUCAACUGGACGGUGUUGACAUGUCUUCAGUUGUACCUGAUUCCUUCAAGAAUCUCUCUUCUUCUCUGACAACUCUUAGACUCCAAAAUUGCCACUUGCAAGGAAAUUUCCCAGAAAGUAUUUUCCACCGACCAAAUCUUCGACUCGUAGAUUUAAGUUUUGUAGGAUCAUAUCUUGCAUUUGUUGGUAACCUCACACAAAUCAUCGAGUUGGACCUCUCGUUGAACAGUUUUGGUGGCCAAAUCCCAUGGUCGUUCUUUUUAAACAUUGAGAGCCUCGUUCGCUUGAAUCUUGGUGGCAACAAUUAUGUCGGUCAAUUUCCAGAAGUUGAUAGCAACUCGACAUCGAUCUCUUCUUUAUAUGAUUUUUCAAAACAACAACUGGUGGGUCCUAUUCCUCGACACUUGACCUUCCUCUAUUUAUAUGGGAACCAACUCAACGGAACAAUACCAUCUUGGUUAGGUAGUUUGCCAUCAUUGGAGGGGUUAAACCUCAUAAGUAACCAACUCAGCGGUAAUAUCAUUGAGUUCCAAUCUCGUUCUUUGAAAAUCCUUUAUUUAAAUGAUAACAACCUGCAUGGCCUGAUUCCAAGAUCAAUCUUUGAACUUGAGAACCUUCGAUACCUUGAUCUAUCAUACAAUAACUUGAGUGGCACUGUGGAGGUUGAAAAGUUCUCAAAACUCCAAAGUCUUUUUUCGCUUGAUCUUUCCUCUAACCAUCUAUCCUUGAGUUUCAACCAUUUGAGUAACAACAGCUGGCCUCAACUUUAUUCCCUAGCUUUGUCUUCUUGCAACAUAAGUGAGUUCCCAUACCUUCUAAGAGCCUCACCAAACUUGGAGUCAUUAAACCUCAGAAGUAACAAACUGCAUGGCCUGAUUCCGAGAUCAAUCUUUGAACUUGAGAACCUUACAGACCUUGAUCUAUCAUCCAAUAACUUGAGUGGCACUGUGGAGUUUGAAAAGUUCUCAAAACUCCAAAGUCUUUUUUCGCUUGAUCUUUCCUCUAAUCAUCUAUCCUUGAGUUUCAACCAUUUGAGUAACAACAGCUGGCCUCAACUUUAUUCCCUAGCUUUGUCGUCUUGCAACAUAAGUGAGUUCCCAUACUUUCUAAGAGCCUCACCAAACUUGGACAUGUUAAACCUUUCCCACAACCGAAUUCAAGGCGAAGUUCCCAAAUGGUUUUGGGAUGUCGCAAAAGAUUCGUUGUAUUAUUUGGAUCUUUCUCACAACUUUUUGACAGGCACUGCACGACACCUUCGGUGGAAAAACCUUGGAUAUCUCAACCUUCACAACAAUUCUCUCCAAGGAGAGCUUCCAAUUCCAUCACCUUCCACAUUUUUCUUUUCCAUAUCAAACAACCAAUUGACUGGAGAGAUGCCUCCAACCAUUUGCAGCUUGACUUCGCUUGUAGUCCUUGAUUUGUCUAACAAUAAAUUGAGAGGCAAAAUUCAUCAAUGCAUAGGGAACUUCAGCCAGAGCCUCUCUGUUUUGGAUCUACGGAAUAAUAAAUUUCAUGGCGUGAUUCCUGGGACAUUUUCUAAGGGAAACAUUUUGAGAAAUCUUGAUCUUAAUGGAAAUCAGUUGGAAGGGUCGUUGCCGCCAACUUUGCUCACAUGUCGAGAGUUGGAAGUUCUAGACCUUGGAAACAACAAAAUUCAAGGCACAUUCCCAAAUUGGCUAGAAUCUCUUCCGAAGUUGCAGGUUCUUAUCUUGAGGUCUAACAAAUUCUAUGGUGAAAUAGGCAUUCCGGAAACUAAGUUUCCAUUCCAAAAAUUGCGUAUCAUGGACCUCUCCUACAAUCGGUUUAGCGGUCUCUUGCCAACAAAAUAUUUUGAACAUUUGACGGCCAUGAUAAACUCGCAAGAACAUGAACUGAAAUAUAUGGGAGAGGGCUACUAUCAGGAUACUGUGGUAGUGACAAUUAAAGGCUUCGAAAUUGAAAUGGUGAAGAUUCAAACUUUCUUCACAACUAUUGAUUUCUCAAACAACACUUUCAGAGGAGAGAUUUCAAAAGUAAUCGGUAAGCUUAAAUUAUUGAAGGGGCUUAACUUUUCUCAUAAUGAGCUUACAGGUACAAUUCCACCAUCAUUUGGCGAUAUGUGCAAUCUUGAAUGGUUAGAUCUGUCUUCAAACAGACUUUUUGGUGAUAUUCCGGAGCAAUUGGUAAAUUUGACAUCACUUGAAAAGUUCAACGUUUCAGAAAAUCGACUUGUGGGGACCAUACCUCAUGGUAAGCAAUUUGAUACAUUUGACUAUGAUUCAUAUAGUGGAAAUGUAGGAUUGUGUGGAUUGCCACUUUCUAAAACAUGCGGUGCACAUCAACCACCGCCAUCCUCAUUCCAACAAGAGGAUGAGUUGGAGCAUGGGAAUGGUUUUGAUUGGAAGGUAGUGUUGAUGGGGUAUGCAUCUGGGGUGGUAAUUGGAAUAUCUGUGGGAUAUUUUGUACUCUCUAAUGGAACAACAGAUUGGCUUGUUAAAGUGAUAGGAAGAAAGCAACGUUGUAGAAAUGUGGAAAUCACACAACGACGUACUUGA